GGUUUUCGGACAGACACUAAUGUGUGGUUUCCGCGCGUCAAGAGAGAAAAAUUGACCAUAAAGUUUCCUAGUGCGUAGUUCGAUUCGACUGCAGGAACUUGUAGGUCGAGAUAGAAGUCGUAUCGCUGUUUGGCGACAAGAGACGGCAACUGAACGUCUGCGUAUGGAGGCAGUCCGUCGCUGCACUUUCAGAGUUCAGAGAAGACCUGGUCGGGUCACAAUAAUCGUACCCAUAUUGCAGAUAGAGUGGUACCCUCCAAGCUACAGCGGCGUUCUCCCAGACAAGAAACCCAGCAGUUGCAGAGAAGAAGGCAAGCAGAGGGAACAAAGACAGGUAGAUGAAAAAAGGCAGAAUAUGAGGUAGCCUCGGUCUCAGAAAGCUAGCGAUCGAGACAGCAGCUGUGGCAAGUAUGCUGCGACGCGGUGGAGGCGCGUCCACCGCCAUCAACGUCAUGGCCAAGAAAGGUUGCCUGGCACGUGUUUAGAUAGCUGAUGUCUCUCAACAUCCACAAUCUCUUACGCGCAAACCCGUCCUCGGAAUCUCUGCGCGAGUACAUCGCAGCUCUAUACAGUCAGACCAACUUGGUAGUUGCAGAACCAGAAAUCAAAUCGUAUUCCGACGCGGUGUACUUCAACUACUAUGCUCUCGGAUUGAGUCUGUUGUUCGCCCCCAAGAACGGAUACAAGCCCGCAACGGGGUUAUCGCGUACGAAUCUCAGAGAUAGUGACUUGGAGCUCGAGGGACUCGAUUUCUAUAACGUCCCCAAGCCCACAGCAUCCGAUCCCCAAACCAAAGGAACCUCAGCACGAAAGGCCGAACUCGCAUUCUCAACGUAUCCCGGCAUGCCUCUCACCCUCCAGCUGCAGCCGGGUACGAGAGACAAGGAGGAAAAAGAGCUGCCUAGCAGGCCGGCUGAAUUCUCGGUUGGCCCUGAAAGCACGGGGAAAGAUUUCGUCGCGUGUUUUGGGGAGCCUGCUCGGAAGGGUGGCGGUUCUGGGCCGUCUUCUGGCUCAAUUGGGAUCUGGUGCGAAUGGACGCAUGAUGGACUGAUGGUCGAGUUUGGGGGAGACGCGGCUAAAGGCCCUCAGGCAUGGGAACGGGGGAAGGAUGCCAUAUGGAAGGUCAUAACUGUAUUCCCUGUUGGCAAAUAGACCAUGCUCAAAGCAUGGUACCUCCCAUUCGCUUUGGGGAGAAUCACAUUCCCCAUGGGAUUCACAUGCUUCGAGCAAUGAGGUCACAGGACGUUCGACGAGGCAAUGUAGUAACUCGAACUCUUCUUCAACUAUCUACCACCAUGGCUGUCCCUGCAGAGUUCACGAUCUUGAACAUCACUGGCAAGUUCUCUAUGAACAAGACCUUGACCAAUGGGAACGACACAGACACGAUCUUGAGGCUCCAAGGCGUCGGUUGGUUCAAGCGAAGCGUUAUCGCGAAAAGCACGAUCACCCUCUACGUAAAGCACUACAAGGACGACGCAGGGGUGGAGCAUAUCGAUAUUGAUCAGGGCAGCGGAAUCCCUGGGACUCGUGAGGAGCGGGGACUCAAUUGGCAGGAACGGGAGGUGAAUGACUCGUUGUUCGGGCCAGUUGUCGGCAAAUCGAGGCGCGUCCAAGCGAGUGAGGUCACUGAACCGUUCCUCGCGACCCAAUGGACCGCAGACACAUUCGAGCAUGGACUCGUCGAGUCGUAUGUGUACAGUGACACGCCGCGGAGCGGGACGACUUGGAUCGCUCACCAGACUUGGGGAAUGGAGGAGAUCGACGGAGUUCGUCGCUACGCGCGGCAUGUCAAGUUCAUUGGCCCCCAAGGGGAGGUCAUCGAAACUAAGCUUGUGUAUGAUUAUCUCGGAGGACUGUGAUCCAUCCAUGUACAUUUCAUGAAUCUGACAAUUCUAUAACCUCUCUUUCACAAUCCAACGCGAUCCUCUUGAAUUUGGCACUACUCCGAACACUGUUCGUCGAAGUGCCAACACGUCGCCUCUUUGCUGGUGAAUCCUUGGGGCCGUCGCGCAUGGAGUAUGACCACGGAACAUCGACAUCCGACGAGUCGGCCAAACUUAUGUGGUCAAAUGCUUCAUGGACUCCGGAAGGCCGUCGUCGAGAGCCGAUCGCUUUUCUGCUCGGUUGCUUGUCUGGGACAAUGAAAUCAUCCAUCUCUCCGUAGAAAUCUGGCUCUUCAAGCUCUUCGAUAUCCUCAUCCGAGAAAUCAUUGUGCUCGUGGUCUUCGCUUUCGGGCUCUCGCCUGCGCUUGCUGCCGAUGCUCUCCCUGGCCCUGUUCCUUCCUUUACCCUUCGGUUGCUUUGUCCUGAAACAACACUCAAGCUUCGGCGCAAUUCGACCUUGCCUUGGCACACAUCCUCCAAAUCAAGCGCGGCCUUAUCCUUGCCGCUACUGUUGCCGCGGGCCAGGUCGGACCUUCCAUGAAUCCAACGUCGCGUCUCGCCGCUCGAAGCUAUUUGGAUCUCGGUUGCAGUUAUCGCAAUGUCCGCAGCGGCUGAGAGCAUCGGCAUCUGCUGUGGCCCAGGACGUCAACGACAGUUGCGACGCAUGAGAAAAGUAUCUGCGGCAAUGAGCGACAUAGAACUUUCGAAGGACGACGCGCACUUGGCAAAGGCUAUCUUGCGACAUUCCACCAGAUCGUGGGCAAAUGCAAGCAUGUGGUGGACUGUGGACCCGGAUUAGCUGAGCCCAAGCGACCGAUGCUUCAGGCCCACAUUUAUCCGCUCCGCCGCGUUCACUCGCCAUCAUGCUACUCAGGUUCGAGAAGUCGGCCGGUCGGAAGUAUAGCACACAGUCUGAAUCUUUUCCAUCACGGCCAGCGCGACCUGACUCCUCUAUGGCAAGAUGAGGUCGCUGAAUGAAUUUAUGCGAAAAAGCAACGGACGAUAGUACGAAUCCAGAGAUUUCUUGAAAACGGAUUAUAGAAACUGAGCGACGCAAGCUUGAGCAGUGGCUCACCGAAAGCUGAAAAACGCUUGGCCCCAAGCAGAAUUCGAUGACAAGUUGAACGAACCGUGUGGUGCAGAACAAAUCUAACGUCCCCUUUGUCGAUUCCGAGGCCGAAAGCUUUUAACAUGUUAGUCUGAGCUGGCUGACCUGGAAAUCUCGAAAAGAACGGACCAAUGGUCGCGCAAACAACCUGAACAUCGCCUUUUCUCCAUCUCCUGUGCAAUGUCUCUUUCUCUUGGUCGCCCCUCUCCGCGUGGUACACUCCGGUCUUGAUCUUCCCGCCACUCUCUGCUUUCAAACCUUCGGCGACCUUUUCAGCGUCCUGAUCAGCACCGUUAGCGGGGCUCCAGUGAAUCAGGUUGUAUAAAAUACCUUCUUGGUAUGACAAUAAACGAUGCCUGUGUGGUUCGCGUGAUUUUCAAGUAUGUAUUCUUUCAUCGCGGUGAUUUGAGCUUUCAGAGCUGCUGCUUUGGGGAGAAUCUUAUAGUGAAGGUUCUUGCGAUACAGGGGGGAACAGAAGUAGACAGUUCCGUUGACCUUGGCAUCUGUGCCGGAGUCAGGAUCCUAGUUUCAGGCUGGGUUGUCAUACACGCACCGUUCCCAUCAACGACUCCCUUGAGGCCAAGCACCCGCAAGAGAUCAUCCAGCACUCGUGGGGGACAUGUCGCGGAUAGAGCCAUAAUGGGAACGUGUGGGAAGUUUUGUCGAAGUAUAUGUAGCUUUUGAUAGUCAGGCCGAAAGUCGUGGCCGAGUUGUGAAAUACAAUGGGCUUCGUCAAUCACGAUCCGAGCUGCGCCAGUUGAGCCCAAAAUUCUGUCACCAGACACACACUCAC